AUGAUGAAAGAAGAUAUAAAAACAUGCUCACAUUUAACAAAUUUAAAAUACGAUGACUGGAAUAAAACAAAAGAAUUACAUAUGAAUGCAGUUAAAACAAUCAAAUCCUAUGUGGAUAGAGAAAAGCAAUCAACAGAUAAUCAAAAAUCUCGACAACAACCCAAAGCACAACAAAAAGGUAAUUAUUCCGAAUCAGAAUUAUUAGCCAAUUUACGUAUGGUUAAAUUAUAUUUCCAUCAUAUUCUACAAGAUGAAAUUGGACGAAUACUUUCGACUGUAUCAAAAUUAAAUGCUGACUGUGUAGACCGAUCAUUUACAGAAUUACAAGAUGAAGGUUUUUCUGAUGAUGGUCUGUUUGAUAAAAUGAAAGAUUCCUUUGUACCAUUAACAAUCGGUGAUAAAUGCAUGGACUAUGAUCAACAAAUAAAAAAAUCGAAACAAGAACAAAAUGAUAAGCUGUUAAAAUAUCAACAAUUAAAAGAGCAAACACAGCGAAGUGGACAAUCGAUUGUUGAUAUACAACGUACAUGGCAAAAAAAAGAUCAAGUUUUAGUUGAACGUAUUUUACAAUAUACAAAUGUAAGGGAUGAACAAAUUAAAACAAAAUUACGUUAUGAAACACAU